AAUAAUUCAAACUUUUCAUGCAACAACAAAAACAAUUACACAAAACAAUGAUGUAUCCAUGGCGGUCGCUUUCUUCUUCUUCAACAUCAUCAUCAUCCUCAUCUUUCGCUUGCAAAGAGGUAUAUGAAAACCAGGUGAUGGAUAUGAGAGAACAGAUACGCCGUGAAAGAGAAAAGGAAAGGAUAAGGGCGGAGAUAAUGGUGGAGGAGGAGAUGCAACGGCGGCGGCUGGGUGGUUGGAUGGGGUUGUCAUCGUCGUCGGUAAUGUUAAGGCCGGAAGUAAAUUCAUUGGGUGGUUAUGAAACCCGGCCGUUUAGUAAUGAUAAUAUAUAUGAUAGAUCAAUGGUUGUAAUGCCGACGGUGCCGGAGAUAUAUAGUCAUUGUGGUGGAAGUCACCGGCGGGAAGAAGUUGAUGACGAGCCUCCGUUUCAACGUGCACCUCGAUUUAGAGAGAUGGAUGUUUAUCCGACUACUAAUGAUGAUGAUGGUAAAACGGAAAUUGUUGGAAAGGGAAAGCCUUGUGAGGCGACUGACUCAAAGAGGAAAGAACCACCACAACCCUCACCUCCGUCACGUGCAAGUUCAAUUGGGUUUGGUCUAGACAGUAUUACUACAACGAAGAAAUCAAAGUGGGAAUGGAGCUGUGAUGUUUGCAAAAUCAGUGCCACAUCCAAGAAUGGUUUGGACGAACAUCUUGCUGGAAAGAAACACCAAACAAAAAUGGCAGCACUUAAGUCACCCAAUAAUGGUGGUAGUGAAAUUGGUCUUGGAAAAGUUAAAAGCUCUGUCAAGGAACAAUCCGAUGGAGAUUUCAGUGACCCCAAAGGAAAAUAGGGAAACUAAAGGAGAGAUCACCAAAAAAAGGUUCAACCCUUGGUGUAGGAUUUGUAAAGUUAAAACUACCAGUGAGCAAGAUAUGAAAAAGCAUAGACAAGGCAAACAACACUUGAAAAAGCGGUUUAGUAGAGAACGUGCAAAAAACAAAAAUCGGCUUGCAGGAAGUAAAAGUAUUGGUACAUAGUCAAACGGGACAUGCUAUAUUGCUAGAGUAGAGACUAAAGAUCGUUGAUGAAAGGAUUAGUUUUUCUUGUCACAUGCAAUGCAGUCAAGGUGUACAUCUAUUAUGUUCAGUAUGCCUAUUAGAUUUCAUUUACAAACAUAAUGCUACUUGGAUGUUUCUUAAAUUAAUUUAACACUUCCUUCAGUA